CUUACAGCUUUACAAAAAAAGAAUCCUUACAAAGAAAAAGAAGUAUUUAACAUACAAGUUAAAGGCUUUUCUUUUUGGUUACACUCUCGUAAUUUUAUAUAUUUUGCCAUCUCCAUCAACAAUGCUGUCCUAAUAUUCAAUCUGGCACUGAACUCUGAAACUAUCAAACCCGAAACAUCCGUCCAAAAUGAAGUAUAUACUUCCAACACCACUCAAUUCGUCGACUAUGACAGCACCACUCAAGGUUUGCUUAACGAUACCCUGGAUGACACAUCCGGUGCCAUAACCGUCCGUAAAGAGGAGAUUGUUAUAGUUACGAUCGUCCUUAUCAUGUGGAUGGCAGUUAUAUUCUUAUUUUUUAGUAAAUGGGGUAAGAUUCGAAUGCUAGAACCUCAUCAACCUCAGUACAGGAGCCAGUCUUUUAGCAAUGCCGGCCAGAAAUCCGCAAGGAUGAGUAUUAUGGAGCAGUUGACGUGGUCUGUAAUUGAUCGUGAUCUACCAUCGUUAGGAUCAUACGAUAGGCCAAGACAGAACUCUGUUUUCGUUGGCAAUUCGUGCGGGAGACCAUUCUCUGAUGCCACUAGGGUGCCAAGAAAAGUGAAAAGUGCCGAAGAUCUAACAACGUUGGUACUACAGAUCGCACGUCGCAAUACAAGAUCCGCAAUACUAUCUUUUGGCCAGCCUUCGUUAACCAGACCAGAAUUCAACGUAGCUGAAGAAUAAAAUAAAAAAACAAAACAAAAAAUGGAAGGUACUUCAAGAGAAUCUAAAAUAAAUGGCACAAUUAGCUGAAAA